AUGCCGAAGCAAAACCCCCAGAGCUGCUGGACUUGCCGGCUACGCCACAAGAAGUGCGACGAAACAAAGCCAGCCUGUGGGCAGUGUGCUGCCUUGCAGAUCUCCUGCAUCUACUCACAAACUAGGCCAAGAUGGAUGGACAGCGGGCCGCUGAAAAAUCAGAUGAUCCGGGAGAUUAAAAAUCAAGUUAAGACCAGGGCUCGUCGGCGUCGAUUCCAUGGUGCUAUCCAAGAGAUCGAGCGGAAGCUCCAGGCUGAUGUGGCCGGUAGCGAUAUACUCUCUACCCCAGCAGAUCAAUCCAAUGGAGAAGAUCUGGUCGAUGAACAUGAGAUACAAGGUUCCCCGCAGGUCCUUUCGAACCAUGUACCAUUGGUCAAUAUGGGGGAUGAUUCUGAUCUCCAUUACAUUAUGAUAUACAUUGACCAUAUCUUCCCUAUAAUCUUCCCAUUCUAUCGACCAUCUGUCCUUGAGGGUGGGCGCUCUUGGAUGCUGUCCACGUUUCUCAACCAGGAGACGAUGCGUUGCACCAUCCGAGCCCUAACAGUACAAUUCUUAGCCAUCGUCCCUUGCCGACCAUCGCCCGUACCACUAAACUGUGCCUCUGCGGCGCAGGAGGACAGUCGAGAGCAAACAACAUCAGCCAUCAGGCAACUACAAGAAGACCUCGGGGGCCUGAUCGAGAGGGGUCCAAUGACUACGCCAGAUGAUGUAUUGCGAGAAACUAAGGUGUUGAACGGAGUUGUGCACAUGCUAAACGCCGAAAAGAUCUUGUCAGCAGAGACAUGGCAUCAUCACUUAGACCCAGCUAUUGCACAGUUGGGCAGCAUCCUACAAUCAUCUAUAGCGCAUGGAACGUCUGCCUGGGUGAAAGUGCUUAAUACACUGCGUACGUGUGCGUCGGAGUCGAUGUAUCCAAUUUGGAGCGCGGACCAGGCUGCGUUUCGCUUUUCCGUCGGCUCGCUCUUGGUAGAUGACAUACUAGCAAGUGUGUCUCUCGAAACUCCUCCGAAGCUAGAGCCAUAUUGGCCCGACAUUCUUGGAGACAAUCCCUCUGCUCAGAAUCUGGUUCAUCUCAAUCUGGAGGAUCUGGUUGGCUGCCAGAACUGGGCAAUGCAAGGAAUAGGCCAGGUAUCAACACUGGCUGCCUGGAAGAAAGAAAUGGUCCGGGACGAGAUGCUGCAGAGGUCCGAGAUUAAGCUCCGAGGAUCCAUCAUCGAAAAUUGGAUACGGGAGAGACUGGUGGUUUUCAUGGAGACCGCAUCGGGGAACGAACCUGAUGCCUCAGACUUCUCUAUUGACACGUUUACAAACAGGGAAAUCCGCAAGUGUUCUCCCACAAUCACUCUAAUCUGGGCACAUACAGCCCUACUUUUCCUCCAAACUGUGGUUUCAGGAUGGUCGCCUUUAGAUUAUCAAGUGCGCGAAUCCCUCGCAAAGCUUUUCAAUUUGUUCAGCGAAUUAUCCGACGCUCCCACGGUGCUGCACACGCUCGCAUUCCCUUUGGCUAUCGCUGGCUGUCUAUCGACAGGGCCUCAUGAGGGUCGAUUCCAGACUAUAAUCAAGAGAAUGGGCGCCUUGGCGAACCUCGGAGCAAUGAGAUCUACAGUAAGAAUUGUAGAAAAUGCAUGGAGAAACCGAGAUCAUGUUGUUGCAGAAUCUCAAACAAUGGCUGCGUGCUUGAAUAACUUGGGUUACGCAGUCCUGCUGAGCUAG